AUUGUGUCGAAGAUACUUGGUCUACGAGGUAAGAGAAAAUACAUCAUGAACAUUGAUUGAGCUCAAUCAAAUGAGGGAAUUCCGUUGAUGAACAUGACCAAACUUGCCCACAAAUGUACAAAACUAAACUAAAAUUACGGAGUGGGAAGAUAAAAGACAAAAAGUAAGCUUGUUUGUAAGGUGCAGUGAUGCAGCAGCAAAACGAACAAUGCCAUGGGUUCAUAUCGAGGAGAGGGUAGAUUGAAAAAUUGAAGAACCCUCCUUCACAUCUGGCAGUCCGGAGCAGAGUUCUGCUUUUCCAAAUCCAAACCAUAUCCGGUGAGCUUCGUGAGAAAUGAGGCUCUGCGAAACUUUGGCUGUUUUGGGACGGAGGAUUUCAUCUGUAGAUUCAAAGAGAGCGAAUCCUAAUAUCUAAGAGCAAAAUGCGAAGGCAUGUGGACUGCAAUUGAGGACACCUAAAGGUAAGUAAACCAGUAUGUUGUUCCCAAAAGAAGGUUUAUGUAAUGAUGGAUUCGAGGGUUCUACCAAUGAGCACCAGAUUUUCAGGGAAGUAUUCUUCGGGACUGAGGAAUACAAAAAGAGGUGCCUCAUUACUGGAGUUAUCAAUUUUGAAUGUGACAGUGAAAGUUCAGCAUUAAUGGUGCAUGAUAAUUCAUAUGGUACCAUAGUGGAUUCUGGUGGGGAAGGGAAAGAGAGGAGAGUACAUUCUAACAUCCAGUGCUAUAUGGAAAGAGGUUUGAACUCCGCAGCAUCCUUGUAUAAUGACUCUCACAUUCUGACUUUUCAUGUGGUUGAGACAACUAACCAGGGCAUCACCUCUUGUUCUUAUCUGCAAAAGGGGCAUGGUGAGCUUGACAGAGGACAUGAAAUGUGUGAAGGUGGUUCCUUAAAACUAAACUCACGUAAUUUGAAUGUAAAUGAUGGGAAAGAUGGUUGUCAAAUAAUACCAUCACCCACUUCUCAAGAGAGCAGUGUGACCAAGUUGUUGGUAAGCAUUUCCCCACCUGUUACUGCAAAGAACUCAAGGGAUGUUCGAAUAGCGAAGUCAAAGUGGAAGGAUUCCUGCUUUGUGGAGCUAGAUGAAUCAGAGUUGUUGGUGGUUAAAGACGCUCCAAAUGAUCCUCGUCCUAUUCUACGCUACCAUAUCAAUCGCUUACUAAGAGCAGCAGGAUGGGUAAUUGGGAGGCGUAAAAGGAGUAAUAAAUACAAUGGCAUCGGGGAAUAUGUUUAUAGGUCGCCUGAAGGAAGACCUAUUCGGGAAUUUCGUCGAGCAUGGCUAUUUUGUGGUAAGAGUUUAGUUGCUGAGGAAAACAGUGUCAUACAUGAUGGGGAGCGUAAGGUGUGGGCUGACUUGGAUCAGUUUAGGGCAGACCUAAGUAGUACUUUGGCAGAGAUAGAAGAAAAUUUGAUUAACUUGGAAAGCAUAUCAUCAUUGGCUUCUCUGUGGUGCCUUCUUGAUCCAUUUGCAAAUGCAGUAUUCAUUGACAAGAUAUUACACUUUCUUAAACAAGGAAAAACUGUCAUACCAAACAAAACAUUUGCUUGGUAUGUAGAAAACCAGCUAAAUGAGAGAAGCUUGAGUGAUCAAUCUAUAGACAAGGAGUUAUGUUUAAAUAGAAGCUCGCUGAACCUCAAACAGUCACAAAUAAAGGAAGGCAAGUGCGUUAACAGUCUAUCCUCUACUAAAAGUUCUUUCAAUGAGCCGCCUCAUAAAUAUAGGAAAGUCUCAGGCAGUGAGAGUGGCAUUUUAGAUCAAAGUUCCUUUCCAUCUUAUGGAUCUGAUAGUACCUCUGAGCUAGAUGGUAGUUGCUUGUUUGAAGUUCCUGUCAGUUUGGAAAAAAGACCAACAUCGAUGAGAACUUAUGAGGAAGUUUAUAAUUAUCAAGAUUGCAGCACAAGCUCCCUCAUAUGUAAUGAGAAAGAAGUAAAAAAUUUUGAUGUAAAAAUUUCAAUCCAGCCAAAUUAUUUGUUGCAGGAUUCUCUAUUAUUUGAUUCGAACCAAGAUCUGAUGGAUAUUAAAUGUAUUGAAGCAAAGACCGAGGGUUUAUUUUGUGUUGCGAGCUCUAUGCCUAGAAAGAAAGCCCAAAAGAAAUUAAAAAAGAUAUCUGAAAUGAAACUUUCAAAUUUGUAUCAACCUGAGAAAUUGGCAUCUAAUGCAAAUGGAUCCUUUGAAAUCAAUGGAAAGGGAACCUACAACAGAGUUCGACCGAUGAAAUAUAAAAAAUUUCAUCCUGAGGAUGACGAUCUUCUAGUUUCAGCCAUCGUUAAAAAUAAAGCGUUCAAAUAUGCAAAAAAGAGGCCCCGUGGUAAAUCCAAGUCUUUGAGGAAGACGAAGAGCCAUAAGGGAAGAUGCAAGUUGCUCUUACGUAGCCAAAAUAGGGGUGGAAAGAACUUCAUUGAGGGCAAGUGGCCUGCCUUUGCUUCAAGAACAGUUUUAUGCUGGUUGAUUCAUUCUCGGGUUGUUUUUCUCAAUGAAGUGAUCCAAUAUAGAAAUGUCAAGGAUGGUUCUGUGCUGAAAGAUGGCUUUAUCACUAAAAACGGGAUACUGUGCAAGUGUUGUGAUGAAGUACUAUCAAUCUCGACUUUCAAAAAUCAUGCCGGUUACAAACCGAAUCUCAGCCAACCUUGUCUGAAUCUUUUUUUAGAGUCUGGAAAACCAUUUACAUUAUGCCAGCUUGAGGCUUGGUCAUUUGAAUACAAAGCUAAGAAAGCUCCUUCCCGAACAAUGCACGCUGAUGAAGUGGAUCAAAAUGAUGAUAGCUGUGGGCGCUGUGGUGAUGGUGGCGAGCUGAUAUGUUGUGAUAAUUGUCCGUCUACAUUUCAUCAGGCAUGCUUGUAUGCACAGGAACUUCCUGAAGGCAGUUGGUAUUGUCCACAUUGUACAUGCAAGAUUUGUGGAGAUGUAGUCAAAGAUAAUGGGGAAUCUAGUUCUACACCUUCUGGUGCAUUAAAAUGUGUGCAGUGUGAACAUAAAUAUCACGAGGCAUGCUUGAAAGAGCAUGGGAUAGGUGUGGGGGCAUCAGAAACCUGGUUUUGUGGUGCAAGUUGUCAGGAGGUUUACUUGGGUCUUCAGUCUUGCAUUGGUGUUGCAAAUCUUCUCUGUGAUGGCCUCUAUUGUACACUUCUGAGGUGUAUUCCCAGUGAUCAGAGAGUUCGUUCUGCACAGAGAUUUGUUGCCUUCAGAGCAGAUUGCAACUCCAAGUUAGCUGUUGCUCUUACAAUCAUGGAGGAAUGCUUUCUUCCAAUGGUGGAUCCUAGGACAGGCAUAGACAUGAUUUCCCAAGUAAUCUACAACUGGGGCUCGCAAUUUGCUCGUCUAAAUUACUAUGGGUUUUACACUAUGGUUUUAGAGAAAGAUGAUGUGCUGAUAUCAGUCGCUUCAAUCAGGAUACAUGGAACAACAGUUGCAGAGAUGCCUCUAAUUGCAACUUGCAGCAAAUAUCGCCGCCAGGGGAUGUGCCGGCGCUUAAUGAAUUCUCUAGAGGAGAUGUUGAAAUCCUUCAAGGUUGAAAAGCUUGUAAUAUCUGCCAUUCCCAGUUUAGUGGAGACAUGGACGCUUGGUUUCGGUUUCAAACCAUUGGAAGAUAAAGAGAAACAAAGCUUGAGCAACAUCAACCUUAUGGUAUUUCCCGGAACCAUUUGGUUGAAGAAGUCUGUGUAUGAAAACGACUCACCUUCCAAACCUGUUGAUCCAACUUUCUAUGAAAUUGACCACGUAACCCCUAAUAAUGAAAUUCCUGUCAAGGAACGGGAAAAAGUUUCUUUGGAGCGGAUAUUAUUCCAACGUAAUGAUCCUGCACUGGUUUGUACCGUGAGUGCUCCCGUUCACGAGGAACCGGUCGAAGUACAACCUUUCCUGACAGGUGGUAGUUGUAGUGUACAAAUGGUAGAUAAGUUAGAUGAUAUACAGUUUUGCAUGGAUGAAUAGUCAAGGAGCAAGUAUGAUCAUUUAAAGAUAAGUGUUACUAAUUACUCUAAACCAAACCAAACCCCAGUUUGGUCUAGGGAGGGUGAGAUGUAGGCAUUAGCUUACCUCUCUACCUUGGGAUUUUCAGAGUAGUGAAGUUGGUUAUGUGAAGAUUCCCGUAAUAAGUAUUUCUGCUAUUCUUCCAUUUUUGUUACAGCGGAAGCAAAAGGAUGAUUAACAGCUCAAUCAAAAAUAUCACUUAUAUGGCAUUGUAAUGAAAUGGUACAAUGGUCGUAAAUGAAUCGAAUUGACCGAAUGUUUGCCAUUAUUAUUCAUAUAAGUUACUGAAUAUUUGUAUUCGCUUUUGAAUCUUAUUUGAAUUUUCAAAUUGGAAAAGAAUUACUAUGUAAAUGUCAAAUUUAUCAAAGUAAUUAAAAUUAUACUACCUAAUAUAUACG